AAUAUAAUAAUGAAGAGAAUUAUUUCACUUUUACCGGAAGCAUAGACUUUUAAGAGAAUAAACACAGUUCUUUAUUUCUAUUCCCACUUCUGCGGAUCUUGAUUGGUUUAUUCUCUUAUUACAUUUUAGUAUAUAGGCGUCAUGCAAAGUACGCCGGCCGUAGUAUCGAAGUUAACGGUCUGCUAAAUGUAUAGAGAUCUGUGAGUUUGGCUUAGUAUUCGUAGCCAUAGCGACGGCAAGAUAUGGUCGCUCGAUUAAUAGUUUGUUGCGAAUGACAACUACGAAGAUAAUCAAGUACAUCCAUGAACGUCCAGGAAUCUUUAUAUUUUGUGCUAAUAGAAAAUUGCAAAACGCGUUAGCGAUCACGUUGAGCAACGUCAUUCGAGAAAAUCUAUAUCCUUGCAUGUCUGGCUCACACGAAGAUUGUUCGCAUGCGACCCUAAGAAAAUGCUAAUCUCAAAGCGACAUAUAUACGAAUGAUGUCCUAGAUUGCGUUUACAAGCCUUUUGCUUCAUGUGUCGCAAGUUUGUGAGAAUCGUAGAAUCGAGCUAUCGAGUUAUAAAGCAAAAAAGUGUCGAGUACCUUGGAAUCAUCGUGCGAUUUUCCAGAUAUGAAGAACAUGUUGCCGUUUAUGGCGGCAUGUAAAUAUGUUCCGGUUAUAAUGCUGAGAUCCACUACCUAAAAACGAAUGAUACAAAAAUUUCCAAGCGUAACGUAACGUAAGUGAAGAUGAAUCGAUAUAUAACGUUGAAUCAACUGGGUGACGGAACCUUUGGUUCCGUUGUUCUCGGCGAACGUAUUGAUACGGGCGAAAAGGUAGCUAUAAAGAGAAUGAAGAGAAAAUAUUAUUCCUGGGAAGAGGCUAUGAAUCUACGGGAAGUAAAGUCAUUGAAAAAACUCAGUCACGCAAACGUGGUGAAGCUUAAAGAAGUUAUACGAGAGAACGAUGUGUUAUAUUUUGUAUUUGAAUACAUGAAGGAAAAUCUCUAUCAAUUAAUGAAGGAUAGGGACAAGCUUUUUCCCGAACCAGUAAUAAGGAAUAUGGUAUAUCAAGUAUUGCAAGGUCUCGCUUUCAUGCAUAAACAUGGUUUCUUUCAUCGCGACAUGAAGCCAGAAAAUUUAUUGUGUAUGGGACCCGAAUUAGUUAAGAUCGCUGAUUUCGGGUUAGCGAGAGAGAUUCGAUCAAGACCUCCGUAUACGGAUUACGUAUCGACGAGAUGGUAUCGAGCACCGGAAGUAUUGCUACACUCUACGACUUACAACAGCCCAAUCGACAUUUGGGCGGUUGGUUGUAUAAUGGCCGAAUUAUACACGUUUAGGCCCCUGUUUCCCGGAAAAAGCGAGAUUGACGAAAUAUUUAAGAUAUGCUCCGUAAUUGGAACACCUGAUAAAGAAGAUUGGCCAGAAGGAUAUCAAUUGGCUGCGGCUAUGAAUUUUAAAUUCCCGAAUUUUACUCGUACUUCAUUGGCCGUAUUAAUACCCAACGCUAGUCAAGAAGCAGUCAUACUCAUGGAAGAUAUGUUACAAUGGAAUCCUAUAAAGAGGCCAACAGCACAACAAUCGCUUAGAUACCCAUAUUUUCAAGUCGGCGACCCGCGUAUCAUUAAUAGUAAGAAAAUUGGUGUCGUAUCUCAACGAGAGCUCGCCAUGAACAAAAUAAAUCUUCCACCACCUACGCCUAAACAAUAUAAUUAUUCUCAAGAAGAUCUUGUUAAUAAUGUACUUCAAUCGAGAGUACCCGAAAAAAUGAUUGAAUCGCAACAGCAGACGGUUGCUUUGCCAUUAUUAAAUCAUAAUAAUCACAAUAAUCACAAUAAUCACAAUAAGCAUGACAAUGACGCUUCCAAAUGUGAUGAAGACAAUUUUGCCGGUUUUCUAGGGAGUAAAAUCAGCCCGGAAAACUCAAUGCUUAUUCCUGAUCGCAUAUAUAAGGAAAAUCGUGUUAAUUGGAAUGCCAACUAUCAGCAACCUGAUAAUUUGAAGCAUGGUAAUCCCAAUUGCCAUUUGGCCCUACCAGCGUGGAAUGAACCACCAUCAAGAAUGUGGAAUCAGUCAAACCAGUCUAGUCAAAUGAAAAACUCGCGCAAAGUCUCGGCGAAGCAACACUACCUCAGCGUGGCUCGGUAUGUCGCAGGCCAGAGCACAAAUUUGUCAUCCAGAAAUGGAGAUUCUGAUAUCAACAGAUCAAAACUGUUAAAUGGAUUCAUCAAUCAAGCAACAUCCAACAAAUAUGAGGAUUUUACGGAAUCCUUUUGGGGAUCUAGAAAUAGUAUUGAGAAUCAAACAAGACAGCAUUAUCUCGCGCGAAAUCGUUAUAUUGCCGAACAAAGCUUGAGAUUACCUUAUCCCAGCGUAUACGGUACUCAAAAUAUUAAGACUAACAAGCCCACGUUUCAACCGAACUUGUUUGGAAAUGUUUUCAACACAAAAGCCAGUGGCGGACCCUACGGCCGAACGGAUUGGGCAGCGAAAUAUCUCAAAUGAUCAUUGUAGAAAGAUUUGUUUUUUCUUUUUAUAUUGAUAAUUUGUCAUCGUAGCCUUUCUUCUAGGCAAAUUUUAACUGUGAUAGAAUGACCGUUGUCGUUCCAUUGUGGCAGGGACGCAGAUAAGCAAAUUGCGUCUUCUUAUUUCUGUGUUGCAAUUUUAUAAAAUUAAAUCGUACGCAGAUUAAAUGGGAGCGAAAGAACGGAAUUGAAGAGAGUUCCGAUGUAAUGUUAUCAAAGAUUUUGGCAUUUUCAUAUAUGUGAUUAAAGUUUAGGAGCCAAUAUAGAUUGCUAUUAUAUAAGCCAUAAUUAAUCAUGUAUAAAAAAGUUUAAUUUUUUGGAAAACCAUAAUUUGAACCAAUAAUCUGAAUGCUGUGCAAGAUAUAUAUAUAUAGUUCUAUAAGAUACGCAUUAUACUGUGUACAUGUGUGUAUAUUUACAUACAUACAUAAACACGCAUGUAUAUAAGGUGUACUUUUCAUCAUCUAUAUAUGUAUAUAGUUUGUAUAUAUUAAUUAAUUUUCCGAUAUGGCGUGAUAUGUGCGACAGUUGAUUAAAGUAGCGCAAUUCUCGAAAAUCAAAUCCGAGAAUGUGUAAUUAUACAUGUGAAGUUCAUAUACAUAUGAAAUUAUUUAUGUAACUUCAUAUACAUAUGAAGUUACAUAAAACAAAAAAAUGAUGCAAAGUAAAUCAACCGAUAUAUUCAUUUAGCUUAGAGAAUCAAUGUCAAAGCGUCACACCAUAUUUAAUAUAAUGUACGUAAUAUUACAUUAUUAGAAUGAGAAAUAUAAAACAUAUAUAACGAACAA